CCUGCUGUUUCCCUCAUGACACAUGGAGGUCUUGUACGACUAUUUUCCUCUUGACAAAAAAAAAUUGAAAAAAAUAAAAUAAAAUAAAAAAUUGAAAAAAAAAAAGGAAAAGGAAAAGAAGAAAAGAGAAGAAGGGGAAAAAAAGCAAAGGAAGAAAAAAAAAUAAAAAGAGGCAGAGUGGAAGUGUCUGAUCUCCUGCAACCUCCUGGCUCAGACUAUCCAACAGGACUGGUUCUUUCCUUGAAUGGCUGGCUGGGCUUUACCCUGGAUUUGGCCCCUGGACACUUACAAACCCUGAUCAGCUUUUUCUUUUUUUUUUUUUUUAUUAUUUCAAGAUUUAUUUAUUUUUUUCCCUCCCUCCUUUCCUCGGCCAGCUGCUCUCUCUCUCUCUCUCUGUUCAGCCCUAGUGCAGCAGGGAUCUCAGCCGCAGCACAGCCCAGGAAACCCUCAGCAGAGCAGCGGCAGCCCCCCGGAUCCCACCGCUGCAGCCCUCCAACCAGAGCCUGCUGCCCUCCCCACCCCCCAACCCCCCUGGCCUCCUUAUGUCUGCUCCUCCGUGCCCUGGGCAAAUUGGGGCAGCCAGCCCUGCCACCUCCCCAGCCUGAUCUGACGCUUCACCCUCCUCCAGCCACAGCCUGCAACCCGGAGACCAAUAAACACAGGCAAGGGGAGACAACACAAGGGGAGGGGGGCAAGCAGCAGCAAUUAAAUAAAUACACUCCCAGCCACUUCAGCAUCUUUUUAUAUAUACAAAUUAUACAUCGGUUGGCACUGAGAAUUAUUUUAUUUUUUUUAUCCAUAUUUUUUUUUUAUUCUACAUAAUUUUUUUUUUUUUUUUUUUUUUUUUAUUAUUAUUUUUUUUUUUUUUUCUUGUAAUAAGAGGAAGGUGGGGGGUGAAAUCCCUGCAAAAAGACAAAUCUAAGGAAACGGCUCCCAUCAACGGCAACCACGGCAGAGACAGCCAGCUUCUUCUUCUCCUCCUCCAAAAUCAGACCCCCCCCGACCCCGGCCAUCACCUCCCUCCCCAGUUCUUUCUGGGCCCGAGAUAUGGCAAUGGUAGUUAGCAGCUGGAGAGAUCCGCAGGAAGACGUGGCCGGGGGCCCCAAUAACCCGGGGGCGGCUCAGCCGGCCAGGGAGCCCACCCAAGCCCCCUCAGCGGCCCCCCACACGCCGCAGACCCCCAGCCAGCCGGGCCCCCCCUCCACGCCGGGCACCGCGGGGGAGAAGCAGCCGCAGGGUUCCGCGGGGCAGAGCGCGCAGCACAUAGAGUGCGUGGUGUGCGGGGACAAGUCCAGCGGGAAGCACUACGGACAAUUCACCUGCGAGGGCUGCAAAAGUUUCUUCAAGAGGAGCGUCCGCAGGAACUUAACUUACACCUGCCGGGCCAACAGGAACUGCCCCAUAGACCAGCACCACCGCAACCAGUGCCAGUACUGCCGGCUCAAGAAGUGCCUGAAAGUGGGCAUGAGGAGGGAAGCGGUUCAGCGAGGACGAAUGCCUCCAACCCAGCCGAACCCAGGCCAGUACGCCCUGACCAACGGGGACCCCCUGAACGGCCACUGCUACCUGUCCGGCUACAUCUCCCUGCUGUUACGGGCCGAACCGUAUCCCACCUCCCGCUAUGGCAGCCAGUGCAUGCAGCCCAACAACAUCAUGGGCAUCGAGAAUAUCUGCGAGCUGGCCGCCCGCCUGCUGUUCAGCGCGGUGGAGUGGGCCCGGAACAUCCCCUUCUUCCCGGACCUGCAGAUCACCGAUCAGGUGGCCCUUCUUCGGCUCACCUGGAGCGAGCUCUUUGUGCUGAACGCGGCCCAGUGUUCCAUGCCCCUCCACGUGGCCCCCCUGCUGGCCGCCGCCGGACUCCACGCGUCCCCCAUGUCAGCAGACCGGGUGGUGGCCUUCAUGGACCACAUCCGCAUCUUCCAGGAGCAGGUGGAGAAACUCAAGGCCCUGCACGUGGACUCGGCGGAGUACAGCUGCCUCAAAGCCAUCGUCCUCUUCACCUCAGAUGCCUGUGGUCUCUCAGAUGCUGCUCAUAUUGAAAGUCUACAGGAAAAGUCUCAAUGCGCCUUAGAGGAGUAUGUAAGGAGCCAGUAUCCCAACCAGCCUAGCAGGUUCGGCAAAUUACUUCUCAGGCUGCCCUCACUUCGUACUGUAUCUUCCUCAGUCAUCGAACAGCUCUUCUUUGUCCGUUUGGUAGGUAAAACCCCAAUAGAGACUCUCAUCAGAGACAUGUUAUUAUCUGGAAGUAGCUUCAACUGGCCUUAUAUGUCUAUCCAAUGUUCAUAGAGAACCUUCAAAGUGGACCUCAGACCAUGUGUGGUGGGGAGGUAGACUUAUCUAAAGACUUCCUAGAAUAUGGCUAUACCAAUAAAGAACUCCAUGUGUUUGGAAAAUUGAGCAGAAAUGGACCAAGGGAUUCUAAUAUUAAAUAAACUAAGGAUAUGGACCUUCCUUGGAUGUUCUGUGAACUGGGCUGGAUUAAUUUUGUACAGAGAUAAAAACAAAAAAUGGACUGACGAUAAAUCCCUUGUAGGAACAGCGCAAUCCCAUCCAAUGGAAACUGAUGUUAAUUUUGUAACAUAUUAGUCUUUCUUUUCAUUUUUUGUUGUUUUGUUUUUGUUUGUUUUUUUCUUUUUGUUAAAUUGGAUACAUUGUAUGCGCCUACAGACAGCAAGAAAUUCGAAUUAGGAAGAAAACAGUUUCCAAAUCAUUAUAUAAAAACAAAAACGAAAAAAAAAAAAGAAAUUGUCCUGUGUCUAUGUAUCUAUAUCUGUUUUGUAUUUUUUCUGGUUCCAAACCAGCAAUUCCUGUUUAUUCUCUACUAAUCAUUUUUGAUAUAACCCUUUGCUUAAUGAGUGCGAUAUAUAUGUUGUCGAAGCUAAUGUUCUCCAAGAAUUAAAAUUGAAGUGAGAAUUUAAACAAAAUAAAAAAAAAGACUUUAGCAAAAUCAAAUAUAUAUAAAUCUAUAUAAUAAACACUGUGUUUGGCUGUAAAGAUGUUGUUAAAAAAAAAAUGGCCAGUAGUGGUCUUCUGGUAAUAUAUCCCACAAUGGGGAGGUUUAUAUCUGGAUACAUUAGGCGAUUAUACAUUUUCUUGUGUGUUUGACGAGCAAUGAAACCACCGAUC